AUGGCGAACCCUCUCGGAGGACCAGGGCGUAAGCGCAGCCCUUUGCCUCCUCCACAUGCUGCACCCACUCCAGCCCCAAAGGGGAAGAAGGUUGUGCCACAACUCAAUUUAUCUCCCUCUCCACAUCAACUUCCUCCACGAUUUGAAAAUAGGCAUAGGCAUAGUCUGUCUCUUGCACGCCCUCCGCUCCACAAAAAAUUCUACAUUCCAAGCGCAUCAUUCAAUCUUUUUGGGCCGAACGCAAUCCUCGGUUCCGACCGCAUCGAAACAAACUUAUUUACCGAGCCAUUCCCUGUUCCUAUCGAAGGUAUUCAUGCUCCACAAGGUCGCGUUCCAGUUUCUGUCCCAUCUCUUAUUCCUCCCGGUAUCUCUCGCGAAAGCAGUCGUCCUGAUUUCAUACGUGGGUUUGGCCUUGACAUCCCGGAGGAGGAAGAGCUUCCAGAAGAAGAAGUACUCGCUGACACAUACGACAAUGCUGCAAUUGAUAUCGAUGGUCAAGAUUCAGAAAUUCAGGGAGAGAUGCGACGACAGUUGCGCUGA